CCCCCCCCUCGCCGCAUGCAAACACCCUCCCCAAAUAAAGGGGCGUGGCGCCAGCAGGCCCCUCCCCCCCAUAAGAGGUUCGCUGCGGCGGGGAUUGCCGCAGCCGCAGCUCCACACCGAGCCCCGCCGCACAGAGCAACCGGGACAGCCCGGGCCCGCAGCCGCAGCAUGCGCGAGUGCAUCUCCGUCCACGUCGGCCAGGCCGGCGUCCAGAUGGGCAACACCUGCUGGGAGCUGUACUGCCUGGAGCACGGCAUCCAGCCCGAUGGGCAGAUGCCCAGCGACAAGACCAUCGGUGGAGGGGAUGACUCCUUCACCACCUUCUUCUGCGAGACCGGCGCCGGGAAGCACGUCCCGCGGGCCAUCUUUGUGGACCUGGAGCCCACUGUGAUUGAUGAGGUGCGGGCUGGGAUCUACCGGCAGCUCUUCCACCCUGAGCAGCUCAUCACUGGCAAGGAGGAUGCUGCCAACAACUAUGCCCGUGGGCACUACACCAUCGGCAAGGAGAUCAUCGACCAAGUGCUGGACAGGAUCCGGAAGCUGGCUGACCAGUGCACGGGCCUCCAGGGCUUCCUUGUUUUCCACAGUUUUGGAGGUGGCACUGGCUCAGGAUUCACCUCCCUGCUGAUGGAGCGACUCUCUGUUGACUAUGGCAAGAAGUCCAAGCUUGAGUUCUCCAUC